CACGCAUGCGUCGAGCUCUUUUACCGAGACGAUCAGACGAUCCCUCCCUCUCAGUUGAUACAGAGACGUCGCGCGAGCACACCGUGCCGUCAUGUACCGUUUGCCAACUUUUUCGAGUAGUGAUGUGAUACGAUACCGACGUUCAAACGCCGCUUUUCAUUAGAUAUAUUACGUUUUGUAACUUUAUGAUUUUUCUGACUCAAGUUAAUUGUGUGGAUUUAAGUGAAAGAAAUGUUACAGUGACUUAAAAUUAAUUGGAUUUGGAAACAAAAUGAGGUGGUUUAUAGUGACAAUGAGCGUGAUGGUGUGGGAAACAAUUUUAGCCGGUAUUGCACCCCCAGGCUCAUGUCCUGCGGUGUGUGCGUGUAAGUGGAAAGGAGGCAAGCAGACUGUGGAGUGUGUGGACAGAGCUCUUAUCACAGUGCCUGAACCAGUAGACCCAGCCACGCAAGUAUUGGACCUUUCCGGGAAUAAUCUUCAAAUACUUCCUCAGGAAGCUUUUGCCAAAACAGGGCUGCUCAACUUACAGAGAGUUUAUUUACGCAAUUGCAAUAUUGGCCAAAUUCACGAUAGAGCUUUUAAAGGCUUAACAAAUUUAGUUGAAUUAGAUCUAUCUUAUAAUUUACUCACAGAGAUCCCUUCAGAUAGCUUCAAGGAUGCACCUUUCUUACGGGAUCUUACACUAUCUCAAAAUCCGAUAUUAAAAGUCCAUGCAGAUGCUUUGAAUAAUCUUGGAAACGUCGUCAAGCUUGAUCUAUCGAAAUGCGACAUCAGAGAAAUAGCUCCCGACGCGUUUAGGACGUUGCGCUCGCUGGAAUCUUUAAAAUUAAACCAUAACAAGCUACGUGACAUACCAUUGAGUUCACUAGAGAAGAUCGAGAAACUCCGAGCGAUAGACUUAUCGGAUAAUCCAUGGACUUGUGACUGCCGGUUACGAGAUCUUAAAUUAUGGUUAGCAAAACAUAAAUUGCUUUCAACGCCCAGCUGUUAUGCGCCGACACGUUUAGCUAACCGACCAUUUUCAGAGCUACCUAUUGAAGAGUUUGCAUGUAAACCAGAAAUAUUACCAGCUAGUCGACAUAUCGAGGCGGCAGUAGGUUCCAAUGCUACCAUUACUUGUCGAACAGAAGCCGUGCCGAGUGCUAAUAUUAAUUGGUACUGGAACGGCAGAUUACUUCAAAAUGGAAGCAACUUCAAUUCACAUCAGAGAAUAUAUAUUUUUGAAGAAGGGGAGUCGAAAAAGAAGUCUUCCCUAGUAUUGACAAAUACGCAGGAAUCAGAUUCCAGCGAGUUUUAUUGCGUAGCGGAGAAUAAAGGCGGGAAUGCCGAAGCAAAUUUCACAGUACAUGUCACACAACUAGCAGCCGGCAUGGCUUCCUUGGGGAGCGCACAGAUAGCCAGUUUAGGAGCUGCAUUGUUCCUGGUCGUCGUCGUUAUUUCUUUAGCUCUGCUGAUUACUUUCGUCCGGUUUCGUCCAACUCCGGCUUGCGAAAGUAAAACACCAAAUACAAUAGACCGAGUGGUGUCUGGAAAUGAAGUACAUCCGACGUCAACCGAUAGACCUCAUGUUGCUGUUUUAGCUAACCGGCAAGACUCACCGAAUUACAAUGACCCAAAAUGUAAUCCGGUUUUGAAACCUCCCAGAGCAAAUGACAUACCUUACACUACGAAUCAUUAUGAGGGAAGAGGCAGUGUCGUCACUGCUGGUGGCCCAGUUGUCGUAUCUCCUACAGUAUCAGGAAAUAUUGAUCCUGACCUUAUAAAUGAUACAAGGCCAGAAAGUGCUGCUAGGCCAGGAAGCGGAGAGUAUGCACGUGAGACCUCAGAGUCAUUAUACCCAUCUGGUCUUUGGGAUCAGAUGAAAAUGAGUCAAGCUAACAAUUUAGCUCGUGCGGUUAGUACGGCAAUUCCUACGUACUACAACGACAGAACACCUAUUAUAGAGAACUGCAGCGUGGACGGUUCGCAGGAGGAAUUAGGCUACAUGAGCCGGACUUUCCCACGAUCCCAUGCGAUGACGGCGCCCAGCCCGGCGCCCCCGAGCGACGCUCCGUACCCGCCUGACUACGGGCUGCCGGUGAACGGCGCGCGCACUCUCCGCGUGUGGCAGCGGGCGCCCCCGGUGCUGCCGCCCGUGGCCGCGCUCAAGCGCGUCCUCACGAUCACGAGGCCCUCGGCCGAUGAUCACUUUCAGGAUGGCUGUGCUACUGAUGUUUAAUCUGAUAAAAGAAAGCAGUAAUGUUUGCAUAUCUAGAUGACAUGUCAGAAAUUGUAAAUUUGUAUCCUAAGCUAGAAAUCAUCUUAUACGUAAGGUAUGUGUAAUUUAUAAACAGGUUGUUAGUGUAAUAUUUUUUGUAUCAUAUAAUUUAUUUAGAUAAUUAAAGGAAAGUUACAUUGGAUCCAAAUGCGAAGGGUCCGCGACUGAUUAGUUGAAGAAUGUAAGUGUAAAUUAUUACGUAAUAUGGAAUGGUAUCUUCUAUGAUCGCCAAAUAAAUAAAAUACUGAAUAUAAAUAUAUCUUGAUUGUUGAAACUCAAAUAAGAUGUUACAUGAAUAUUAUAAUAAUGUACAGUGUAAGACAUACAUAUCUACACGAAAUACCCAAAGAUAUCAAACUCCCCCUGAAAGUAAUAUUCUCUAUAUUACUUAUUAUUAUUGUAAUUCACGCUGAAUGUUAAUCAAUGUACGAUAAUGAAUGUGUAAAUUUUAUGUUGAAAAGGAAUAAGAGUUUUAGCAGUAAAAUGAAAGAAAUAAAUCUGGCGAUUGUAAAAUGUA